GAUAGACGUGAACACGGUCCGAAUUGAAGGAAGCUUCCAAUUUUAGCUUCACUUCAAUCCGAGGAAGAAGAAUGCUUUUUUUGUACAAAAAAACGCUGCGCUGUUUAGCUAGUAGAGAAGCCAAAUGUGUGUUGUUUCUAUAACGAAAUGAACCGAACCGUCGUCUUUGACUGGUUUGAAAAAAAGCUCUCUUUGAAAUUUUCUAACCGUCUCUCUUUUUUCUGAAUUACUCUCUCUCUCUCUCUCUCAUUUGUGUGCUUUCAUCAUAAAUAUAAAAAGUCAAAAUCCGAUCAUCGUAUCGUACGUUCUCAUUCCCCUUAAAGCCGUUACAAAUUUUAGGGUUUUAUGUCUACCUUCGCCUAUUGAUUGGGGUAAAAUAACAAUUAAAAUCUGAAAAAUGUCUUCCCAAAUUAGGUCACCGAAGAAACAACCGCCGGAGCCGCCGUGUCUAAUUUCGCUUCUCCCUGAAGAAAUCGUCGUCGAUAUCAUAUCCCGUGUCCCGAGAUGCUGUUACCCAACUCUCUCCCAAGUCUCAAAGCGUUUCCGAUCCCUCGUCUCCUCUCCGGAGCUUUACACAAGACGGUCCUCCCUCGGAUUCACAGAACAAUGUCUCUACGUCGCAAUCUCCAAAGAUCAAACCUCAGAUAUCCACUGGUUUACUCUCUGCCGGAAACCUAACGGAGGAGGAGAAAAAACACUCUCCGGCGGCGAUCAUCGUUUGGUACAUAUCCCUUCUCUCCCUCCCAUGCCGCUUCAUGGAAGCUAUAUAGGCCUUGGUCCUAACAUCUUUGUGAUGGGUGGAUUUUGCGAUUGGAAGAUCACAUCGAGCGUUUCGCUUAUCGAUUGUAGAACUCACACGGCUCAGUCUCUAACUAACAUGCCUAAAGCCGUUGCGAUUGCCGUUACGGAGCUUAUUGAUCGGAAGAUUUAUAUAAUUGGAGGAUCAGAUACGCUUUCACCUCUUAAAUCGCCGUCGAGAAGCAUUAUGGUGUUCGAUACAGAUGCAGAAACGUGGUCUCUUAACUCGAGACCAGAUUGGGAGCAAGGGAAGAGAUGGUUCAGUAGUGUGGCUAUAGGAGGUAAGAUUUAUAUGAGGACUUGUUACAAUAGCUUUGUUUACGAGCCUAAUGAGGAUGUUUGUGAUAAAGACGUGGCUCUGCAUUCUAAGGAGUGGUCGAGUGCGUGUGUGAUUGAUGAUGUGUUGUAUUACUAUGAUGUUUGUAAGAAUUGUUUGAGAGCUUAUGAUCCAAAGCAGAGCUCUUGGGGAGUGGUGAGAGGUUUUGAAGGAGUGUUGCCUCAGGCUUGUAAGUGGUCGAAAACUGCAAGUUACAACGGUGGCAGAUUGGUUCUCUUCUUGCAGAAAACAGAGAAAGCAGAGAUUUGGCGUGCGGAGAAAACAGAGAUUUGGUGUGCGGAGAUCGCUGUGGAAAGACGAGCUGGUGGAGAGAUUUGGGGUAAAGUUGAAUGGUGUAAUGUUGUGCUUGGUGGGAAUUUUCACAUUAUGGAAUGUGUAACUGUUGUCCUCUGAUCUUGUGAUAAAUCUGAAAUAAACUUUUGCGGCCUGUUGUUAGUA